AUGACUUACAUCAUCAGAAUCAACCCAACCGAUCCUUUCUCCAUUCCACAAAGAUCUCAUUUAUCACCAAAUCAACCACCUCUCCUCCAAGGGAAUAUUUUGAAUCUAGGACAAGAUGUAAAUUUCAAUCAGAAUAAAUUAAGACCUAGAGGAUUUAGUGAUCAAGGUCCAGGUCCUACGAGACCUAGUAUACAUCCAUUACCACAACGACAACAUCCAUAUUCUGAUCAAAAUGAUAGAGAUGAGAGUUCUCGUGUUAGAGCACAUUCGGAUCCACGUGCGAAUAUCUCGGGUCAUACCGUUUCUGCACCUUCUGGGAGAGCAAGUGAGGAAGGAGGGAGUAAAGAAGAAAUCAAAUCUUCCAGAGCUGGGUUAAAGAGGAGACAAAAAUAUAGAAGAACCAGAACGGGUUGUUUGUGUUGUAGGACAAGGAGAAUAAAAUGUGAUGAGGGUAAACCGACAUGUAGGAGAUGUUUGAUUGCUAAGAAAUCGUGUCAAUACCCAGAACCUGAAGAAGCGCCCAGAAGAGAAUCCAAAUCCAGUGAUCAUAAACGUUCCAGAAGCGCAAGCAGUACCCCUAGCAGUGAUGAUGAAUUACUGCCCAACCCUAAGCCUUUGACGGAGAGGGCGAGAGGUAAACGUAGAGCUAGCGGUGAAAAUGUUUCGGGAACAUCUGGCGAUGUCUUUCUUCCUGACGAAGAAGUCUUCACAUACCCUCAAUAUCCCGUCGAUACUUCCGGUUCAGGAAUAGGUCUCUUACCUCCUGUCGAUUUCAAUUGGGAUCCGUCCAUGGUCGGAGAGUAUGGCGUGGGUUUGGGUGAUGAUGGUACGAGUGGAUAUGCAGAUGAAAGAGUUGGUCAGGUUGAUGAAUGGGCAGGAGGGAUGAUAGGGAGACAAAGGUGGGGUGCUGUAGGAGGUGCACCCAUGUUGUCCACUCCGAAUUUCCUCCUUCCUUGGUUCCCUACGGCAGAAGAACGUAGUUUGAUAUUACACUACUGCGCCAACGCCGCCGAUCUCAUGAUGGCUAUUCCCUCUGGUCUCAAUCCGAUGUUAGCUAUCAACCUCCCCUUGGCUCUGGACAGUCCUAGGGGAAUGAACACUUCCGCCGACGCACUUCGUAUAGCUCUCCUCGGAAUAGGUGCCAUACAUCAAGCUUUUCUUCUUGCCCGAAGUGGCGUAAGCACCACACAAACCGCGGCCAUGUUUCAAUACGCUAGUAAUCUCCGAGAUGUGGGUAAACAGAUGGUACGCAGUGCUGCGGUUGAGAGUGGAGGAGGUAGCAGUGAUGCGGCAUUGGGAGCAGGGACGGCUUUGGCCACUAUCGAUAUUUUCUUCGGCGGCAGUGGCUGGCAAGAAAAUUUCAAGUUGGCAAAAGAGAUGGUCGCUUUCCGAGGAGGACCAGCAGAAAUGCUCAAACGUUCUAAACCCACCCUCUUGGCCGACGGCGUGACUUUAUCUCCCGCACGGAUGUUGCUAGAGAUUCUGGCGAUAUACGAGACGUUUGGAUGUCUGACUACUGGUACAGAGCCAAGUUUGAUAAGUGAUCAAUGGGAGCCUUGGUGGUUCGAAACAGGCGGAUCCACGUACGAGGAACAUUCCGUGGAGAAACAAUUUGGAAUGUCCCGGAUGAUGGUCCAGCUCUUUGCACGCAUCACUCGUCUCCUCGCUCGCGUAACGCGUUCUACGACAAUCAUCACAGAAGCAGACCCUCUUGCCCUUUCCUCCCCUCACACAGCUCUAGGACCCUCUCCAAUCUCACCAUCUGAAUCCAGCUCGGCCGUUUCCGCGAUCCUCGAAUCGACUUCUUCCAUACCCAUCGCUAUAACACCUUCUGCCUUGUCAUUGAUGGCCUUUGGCGGUAUAGAUCCAUUGGUCGUUGAAGCUAGACAAUUGAAGAAUGACGUCGAUGCCUGGAUAGAAAGUUUAAAGUUAACCACUUUGGAACAUGAACGAGUACAAGUGGGGAACCGGGCGUAUGCCCAUGCUAUGAAGAUAUUGUUACUCCGUAACGUAUUCAAAUAUCCCCGAGAAGAUGCGAGGGUGCAAGAUGCGGCCGUGGAAGUUUUACGACAUUGUUCUACUUCGACAGCAUUGUUAGGCAUGUCUAUUGAUCUCACAUGGCCUGCUAUCAUUGCUGGAUGUUGUGUCACAUUGCCUGAUCAAAGACAAUGGCUUUUGACACUUUUGGAAGGAUUCAAAGCGCAAUGCUGUUUCGACAUUGAGACUGCCUCUCGGAUAAUCCAAGAAGUCUGGCGUCGCGUGGAUGCCAAUGAGCCUAGGGGAGAUUGGAAGGAAGUAUGUGAGGAUUUGGGCUUACAGGUUUUACUGUGUUGA